GUCUGCCGGUUCGUGUAGGAGGACGCGUAAUCUUAUGGUUAAACUGCGGAGAUUUCUUGGAUUCCCAUACACCUUGACCAAGAAAUCGAAGAAGCUCGUGAAAAAACCGCAUCGUUUGCGUUCGAUAAACCCUUGAUAAGAUAGCGAUGAACAAUCGCCGCUGAACUGCUGGUGAAGAGUUGCAGUCUGUGUUUGCCAUUGCCAGCUAGCGAGUGUUCUUCCGCGUGCAAAAUGUCCUCCGAACGUGAGUCAUCCGCCGUCGCUGCCACCGAAGGAGCCCUCGUAACGGUCCGCGCCAAAUACGUCGAGGCCGGAUCUACGUCGUCCGUGUCCUCGACCCCAACGAAUAACCGGUCCACCGACAAGCACCACUCGCUGGUGUACAACGAUGGCCAGUUCAGCAUCACGUUGCACCACUACGACAGCAUCGUCGGCGAACUCAAGUGUCCCGGGUGUGCCCAACCGAUGUACGGACCGAUCUACCUGUGCACCGCCGGCCACAGCAUCUGUACGCACUGCUGUCGGAAGGUGGGGCUGGCCAGCUGUCCGCUGUGUCGCAACAAGAUGACCGACAUGCGGAACUACACGCUGGAGGCGAUCGCGGCCAAGGUGCAGUUUCCGUGUACCCAUGCGGCCCGCGGAUGUACGGUGAGGUUACCGCUGGAGCUGCUGUGGUGGCACAAGGAUCGGUGCGGGUUUAAGCAAAUCGAGUGCUUCAUGGGCAAGGUGUGGGAAAACUGCUCGUGGCACGGCUGCGAAAAGGACUGGAACGAGCACUGCGUGGCGGACCACCAGGACAAGGUGUACAACUCGCCGGACAUCGUCCUAACCUGGAACUACGCCUCCGACGAUCGGCGCGGCCUGCAGCUCCAGUCGGUGAUUGCGUACUACGUGAUCCGCACGUUCGGCGAGUUCUUCAACGUGUACCAAAUUCUGGACCAGAACAGUCGCCGCACCAUUUGGACGGUGAUUUGUGCCUCGAAGGAGGCGAAAACCAGCCAGCGGUUCGCGUUCGAGCUGGAGCUGUACUCGCCGAUCGACAGUGCCAAGCUGCUGGUGCAACGGUUUCCGUGUCACGCCGAAACGGACGCCGAUUUUUUGAAGGACGGCAACUGCGCCAAAAUUGCGAUCGAAGAAGCGGUGCGGUUCAUGACCAAGGAAAAGAUCCUCUACUACCGCAUCCGGAUCGUCGAAGUUACCCCAACGCGCAGCCGCAGCCUGGUUCUGCUCAGCCCAACCCAUCAACGUCACUCCACCAAACGCGACUCGACCCCCUCUUCGGGCUUCCUCCCGCUCGAUUACUCCGCCACCCAGAUCGAGAACGUCAACAUGAAGGCCGUUCCGCAAGAGGACAUAAUCGUACGCGCCAGCAGCACUCCACGGCUGGCCCCAAACAAAGUCACGAUCCGCUCCGACUCGUCGUCCUCAUCUUCGUCGUCGUCCAACUCUUCGACGGUGGUCGACGAGGAGCAGCAACGCCAGCGGGAUCUUCCCGAGGAGGACCAACAGUUGGGGGCAAAGGGUCUAGCCAGGGCAAACUCGAUUCCGAAGCCCCCGCGGGCGUUGACAUUCCAAAGCGACGGCGAAGAUUCGUCUGUCGAGCAGAAGCUGGUAAGAUGUCGGAUCCUGGACCGGCAGGAGAGCAUCAAGAUGAAACCGAUUUACAGCGGAACGGUGGCGGCUGGCGAGUUGAAGAAGGCAACGACGUCGUCGUCGUCCGUGAAGGCGUCCACCGAGAGUUUGAACUCGGCGCCGGCCAAGGGAUUGUCAAAGUUUUACAACAUCACCACGUAUAAAGGGGCGAAGCUGUUCAACAAGAAGCUAUUUAAGCAGUCGUAA